UCUACGAGACGAGAACAAAAGUUCUAUAUUUUUCUUUUCUUACAAAGCUACAGAAGUGUUCUUCUUCUUCCCUACAAGUUCGCACAGAGAUUUGGUGUUGGUGUUAAACACAAAUAAGUCAAGGAAUCAAAGUUGUUGGUGGUAUUGAAACUAAUUGGGGGUAGUCAGAAUCAAAGCUACAAAGUCUUCUUACUCCUCCUAAAAGAAGCUACGGUUGCUGUUGGUGGUGUGAAAAGUUCUCUGCAUCAGUUCGUGGAAGAACAACAACAACAAGGGUAGGACUUGUACAACAAGGAGAGUUUAUUGCUGUUUCGAUUUGAAACUAGCGAUUUAAGCUAUUAUUAGGGUUUGUGAAAAUUUCAAAUGGAGAGUAGUGUAAAAGUUGCGGUGAAUGUUAGACCUUUGAAUAAUGAAGAGGUCUCUAAAGGUCGUACAGAUUGUGUUGAUUUUAUUCUCGGAGGGCCUCAGGUGAAAAUUGGAACAAGUUCUUUUACAUUCGAUUAUGUUUAUGGAAAUAAGGCUUCUACCUCUGAUCAAUAAUGCAACAGUCCUGGCCUAUGGACAGACUGGAUCAGGCAAGACGUAUACCAUGGGAACUAAUUACAAUGGAGAUGGAAGUACCAGUGGUAUUAUCCCACAGGUGAUGAAUUCCAUUUUUUCUAAGAUCGAGGAGAAAAAAGAAGCCAGGGAAUUUCUAAUAAAAGUUUCUUUUAUUGAGAUAUACAGAGAACAAGUGAAAGAUUUGUUGAAACCAAAAUUGUCAACUUACAAACGCAAAAGGACUGGACCUGCAAAAGCGCCUCUGCGAAUUCGAGAAUCAAAAGGGGUGUUCAUUAUUCCUGAUGUUACCGAGCCAGUAGUCAGUACAAAACAGGAUAUGGCAUCAUUUUUGUCUCAAGGUUCAUCAGAACGUGUUACUGGAAGUACAAAUAUGAACAGUGAAUCUAGUCGCUCACAUGCCAUCUUUACAAUCUCAAUGGAACAAAGGAGAAGCACGUGUAUCCCUGGUGACGAUCCUGGUGAUGGUAUCUUGAGAGCAUAGCUACUUUUGGUGGACCUUGCAGGUUCUGAAUCUGCGGAUACAAGUGGAACAGAUGGGUUGCGCCAGAAAGAGGGCAGUAAAAUCAAUCGUGGACUACUGGCUCUUGGAAAGGUGAUUAGUGAAUUGGGAAAUAAGAAAAAGAGCAAGGAAGGACGCCACGUUUCUUACAAUGACAGCAACUUAACACGGUUAUUGAAGGACUCUCUGGGUGGAAAUAGCAAGACAGUGAUGAUUGCUUGUGUGAGUCCGGCUGAUACAAAUGCCAAAGUAACGCGGAGCACUUUGGACUAUGCGAGUCGUGCUCGAAACAUUCAGAAUAAGGCAACUAUAAACCACACAGCUCAGAUGCAGAGAAAGGACAAAAUUUCGGUCCUCCAAGCAAGAAAUGAUGAAUUAGAGCUCAAGCUCCAUCAUGCUCAGGUUGAAAAAGAUGAAUUAGAGCUCAAGCUCCAUCAUGCUCAGGUUGAAAAAGAUGAAUUAGUCCAUCAUGCUCAGGUUGAAAAAGAUAAGCUGCUUUUCCAAAUUGAAUUGUUAAGAAAAGGAAAGUCUUGUGUUGAGAUUGAUGCUGUUCAUGGUGAUGAGAUUGGUGCUGUUCAGGGUGAUGAGACUGGUGCUUUUCAGGGUGAUGAGAUUGAUGAUGUUCAGGGCGAUGAGACUGGUGCUUUUCAGGGUGAUGAGAUUGAUGAUGUUCAGGAUGAUGAGAUUGAUGAUGAUAGAGGUGGUGAUGAGACUGGUGCUGUUCAUGGCGAUGAGACUGGUGCUCUUCAGGGUGAUGACAUUGAUGAUGUUCAGGGUGCUGAGAUUGAUGAUGAUAGCUUGAGAAGUUCCAAGAGGCCGAAGAGAUCCCCUCUUGUUGAGAAGAUAAUAACUAAAAGAGGUAGAGGUCGUCCUCCUAAGCCUAAGAAGAAAAUUAAAAAGAUAAUAACUAAAAGAAGUAGAGGUCGUCCUCCUAAGUCUAAGAAGGAAAAACCUAAAAAACCUGUAGGUCGUCCACGUAAGAGGCAUGUUGGAAGACCUAAGAAAGUCCGAUGACCAAAGCUUUGUGUUUUGAUCGAUGCCAAAUAAUUAAACUGCUUUCGAAUUUAUUUUAUUUUUUUAACCAAAGGCAAACUUUAUAUUAUAUAAACAUGUUACUUACGUCA